AUGAGGCCGGCACAGAAAGUGCCUGCACGCGGCCCGAUUCGUUCACUUCCUAGUGAUAGAGAAUCGCGUUUCCGACCUGCUGACGAAGUACACGAAAUUCCACCGGAUCCCAAGACGUCCCCCUCACCGCGAAAAUCGACGGGUGUCGUUGAGCGAAUCGACCGAUGUCUGCUCAACGACAUCGACCCGUCGAAGUUGUCGUCGUUGAUCUGCGGGCAUCCAGCAGGAAGAGGCACCGCGCUGCUUUUGCAAGCGCUACGACAGCAAAUAACGGUCGCCGCUUUGUCCGACUAUUCCCAAAAAGCAUUGGUUUGGAUCGUCGAUAAUGAUAUCCUACAACUGAAAGCUAAGCGAAAUUCAGCACUUGUACGCGUACUUCAAGCGGAUGGUGUGGAUUCACGUGAACAAAUGGCUAGGUUUAUCAAUACAAUAUCCAGUUUCACGAAAGGACGGAAUUACCUAACAGUUCACCUUCGCUUGUUCCUCACCUGUGUAGUACCGGUACUUCGCGGCAAACGAUUACCAACAUCGACACAAGAGCAACUGAUUGCCACCCUUCAGAAGAUGAGCGUGAGGCAAUCGUGCCAACGUGAGUUGUUGCAAUGUGGAAUGCUUGAGUGGAUUGUAAGCUUCCUAGAAGGACGGAUUACACCGUACGCUAUGGAAUACGCGUGUUCAUUAGCAAUUAAUCUUUCGCUGAAUACGACACUUACCGAACCAAAGGAAGUGGACAGAGGAGAAGGGGAGCGGUUUUCAAGAAACUGCGAAAAUCAAGCCACAUUAUAA